UUCGUUAACGCAAUGGCGGCCAAUUACUUCCGGAAAUAUCCGCUAAGAACUGUGGGACUUGGAGUUAACUGUUGCCAAGGAGACCUCACGUCAACAAGUACUUAUAGGCGCCAAAUAAGCGUUUUAGACAUGAGUUUGUUGUUGGGUCGUCAGGAUUCUAUCAAGAAUCUAAGAAAAGACCUCAUCGAUAUUCAGGGUGCGGUUCUGGACGUGCUCUCCAGAACAGGACCAGUCUGCGCUUCCUCCUGGAAAUUCCCGGACAAACUUUCCUGUCAUCUAGACAUUGUUGCUUUGUUGGAGGAAUAUGACUUCGUGGCAGGAGAAGAUGACUUCAAUCAGCAUUCCCACAUUAUUCUCCUGGAAUUGAUGAUUGACAGGCUCCUGUUUCUUCUUCAAAGCGUCAGCGUUUAUGCUGAACAACAGAUGGGGGUCCACAGACCAGAAGGAGCUGCACACAGAGGCAGCAUGUCAGUUGGUCUUGUGGUCAGGAAUUAUUGGGGGGAUUUACUUCAAUUUGCAGAUAAAAAGGAACUCUUCAAAAACAUUGCAGAAAAGACAAAUUCAGUGGAAUCUGAUGAGUCAAACGUCGAGUCCCCUCUCAAUAGAUCCAGCACAAGUUGCUCCAGGCAUUCUUCCAUAUCCUGGUCUUCCACAAGCUCAUUUAAAUUCCUCCCACAAAAUAACAUCACCAUCAGUUCCCCCGAACAAACCUCAUUCCAUCCUAAAACUGCCUCCCAUAAUGUCAGCUGCCAGACUGCACAAACGUCCCUCAUCCCUUGUGGUACAUGUCACCAAGUGCAAUCUCUUUUGAGAAAAACUGGAGAAUCUUUGAUAGAUCUGUUUCAAAGUGAAGGUCUACCCUCAUCUCUGCAGCCUCUCUCAGCAGUUGUGGAUGAGACAGUGAGGGUGGGACAUCUGACUCCAGGUGAUGUUGCACAGUGGGCCAAUGAACAGCUCAGAGACAUGCGCAGGCUGGCAAAACACCUGCAGGAUGUGAGGGGAACGGUACUGCCCCUCCAAGACAGAGUAGCAGCAGCUGAAACGGAUCGUGAGGCCAUCAGAUCUCAACUAAAAACAGUGCAGAAGGAUUUUGAACAACAACUAGAAAAACAGCAAACAAAUAUAGAACAACUGGAGUUUUCACUGCAGGAAGCACAGAGAAGCGCAAAGCAAACUGAACAAAAGCAACAGGAGGAGCAUAAACAGCUUAAAAAAGAAAUCCAUUCUUCAGAGGAGACCAAUGCUAGACUUAGGGAGAAGGUAGCAUUGCAGCAAGACACCAUACACACUCUAGAAAGUGAAAAUAAUUUUCUGCAAGUGAAAGUAAAAAAACUACAAACAGACCAGGAGGCAUGUUGUCAACAGCAGCAAAGGAUCCAUCAGCUUGAGGAACAACUCUCUGACAUUCAGCUGCUGCUUGAUAAGGAGAGGGCCAAAUACCAGAGUGCUUGCCGUCAGCAAGAGUCAACACAGGUAAAGCAGAAAUCUUUGCUAAAGAGGGUUGAAGAUCUUGAUGAAGAGUGUGAAGAGCUGAAGAAGCAGCUGGUGGACAGCGAGGAGGCCCAAAUGAAGUUAGACAAUGAACUGCAACAGAUGUCAGACGAGAAGAAACAACUGCAGGUUCAGACUGCUCAACAGCAGGACCUGUGUGGGGAGCUACAAAAGAAGAAACAGAGGUUAGAAAUGCGCGAAGAGGAGUUGAAACAGCAGCUGCAUGAACUGAUGGAUCGUGUUCGCGCUUUAAGAGACAGAGAGAGAAUUUUGGUGGCGUUCCCAGAGCUCCACAACUGGGCCCAACCACAGACAACAGGAAAUGUCCUUUUGGACAUGGAGAAGCAGCUGCAGGCUAACAGCAUUCGUGUAAACAUACUGGAGCAGGAGAACGCCACACUGCAAAAAAGCCUCCAGAAACUACGGAAAGCUGCACAACACAAUGGCAGAAGUAAGUCUUCCCCUCAAUGUGAUGCAAACCAAACGACAAACAAAAUCUCCUGACAGGAACAGAAGAAUGAAUUUCAAGCAGUGCAGCAGCACGGCUCACAUGACAUGCAGUUAUAAAGAAGAAGGAGCCAGAUGCACAGAACGUGGUCCUCACUGAACUGUGUCGAAGGAUCGUAUCGUGUGUCUGCCUUUCCUUUGUUGCUGCAAAAUCAGCUUUAGAGCUUCCACUUCGCCACAGACUCUGCUACUGCUUAGUCAUACAUCAAAAACACCCCUUCACUCUCUGCAAAUAUUUGACUCAAGAAGUCUCAUCUUGCAACUGUGUGUUUUAAGGGUGUAUUCAUUCAGGCUGGAAUAGUCCUUUGGUCCAGACCAAGCCCACUUAAUUUGGUCUGUUUCGAGUACUGACCCUUGCAUUUGGUUUGUAUUCCGACUGCCGUCAAGCAGACUUUCCUGUUUUGAACCAAAGCUUGUAAACAAAACCAUGUGACUAAAGAUCUCUUCAGUCUUCAGGAAUUAAGAGGGGGCAAAGCAACAAGAGCAAGAAUAAUGGAAGUCCUGCCCUUUGCAAUCCUUGUCGGGAUGGUUAAAUUUUUUAAACUUCAUAUUUUGCUGACCAAUUUUGAACGUCUGUAUCAACGUCAUGUACAACACUUUUUACUUUGGUACGGUGGAGGUUGCUGAGGAGGCGACGGCUAAGAAGAAACACUGAUAAGUGUUCAUGACAUAUGGAUUGUUGGGAAUACUGUGUAAGAAGCAAUGUGUAUAACGUUAAAAGUUGUUUUAAUUAGCCUGCAUUCAUUCGACCAAAUUUCAAUGAGUUGCUGUGUCUCAUCGUUGCUUCAUGUUUGUCUGUGGCUUAUGUUGCUACGUUUCUACUAUUUUUACAUCCCAUAAUGUUGGGCUAUGAUGGCGUUUUGGUUCAGUUGUUCUGCUCAAAGCACAGAGACUAUUCAGACUGAGAAAACUCAGAAUGUACCGAAACUCAGUUCUAUUGGAAACUUACCGAAAUCACCUCGAGAGAUAAGUCAAAAAGUGGUUCCUUGUCCUGGACCAGGGUCCACUUGGGUGUAUUCAGGCUGAAAAUUUGUUCUAGAUUAUUGGGGGAAGCAAACUCUGGUUCAGUGUAAGCAUAACCAAAUGUGUCCACUCUAGAAAUACCCUUAAACAACACAGGCUCUGUGCCAAACAAUGACUCUUCUUUGUUACAUUUUUGGCUUUUUUGCUUUCGACAGUUAUUUGAAGCUCCUCACACCUACUCCUUUUUGUAAAAAGUUGAGGUUUUAUAUUUUUUUCUGCACGAUAAACAGUCAGUUGGUUGCUUGAACAACCUUGAAUCACACGCAUUUUUUCAGGGACAGCAGUCAAUGUCAAUGCAAGAAGAAGCAGGCGUUUCCAUGGUAACACAAGCUGUGCAGGAUUUUGAGGAUUCACGGUCUGCGGAGUCGCUCCUCCCACUUCUGAUACAUUUUUAAGUGACAGAAAUAAGAGUUACUUUUGAUGUCUCAUUUAUGGAGGUUAGUUUAUUUUUGCACAUGUAUCCCACUACAAGCCUUCAGUUGUGAGAGGAAGAGGAAAUCUGGUUAUUAAAGAUGAACAAAAAAAAUCUUUUUAAAAUUCAAAUUAAGUAAAAGUAAAAAGGAAAUAAAUAAAAAUCUGCAUGUAUUUACAGAAAUUGCACAUUGCCUUGCUUUAAUAAGUUCUUUCUUCUGCUGCCAUAAAAAUGAAAUGGAAUGUUUUUUUGGGCUAUCUCUCUCUAAAUUAGGAAAUCACGCAGAGAGGGAAUGCUCC